AUGUGGGCACUAUUAUUUUUCUUAUUUGCCCUAUGCUAUAAAGUGGAUGGGCUACAGUGUUGGCACUGCGUCGGGCCUGAUUGCGGUACUGUAACCGGGCCAUCGGCAAAGAUGAUAGAAUGUGAUGACGGGCAGGCUUGCGAGGUGACGCAGCUGGUGUUCUACGACCUGGACCUGAACGUGUCGAAGGUGCAGGUGCCGAUUCGGGGUUGUUCAUGGGCGACUGGGUGCAUGGCAAUUGUGGAUCCGACACCAUGUCUAGAGGUGCCGAACGAACUCGGCGGGAUGGGGUGUACGACGACAAAGUGUUGCAUGUUGGAUGGGUGCAACCCGGCUACCAAAACCCUCAUUUCAAUGAUCCUCAUCCUCCUUGCCAUCAUCUACAGCGAAAUCAACCACAUCCGUAUUUUU